ACCACCUUGAUCAGACUCAAAAGGCAUACACUCGAGACACGCGCUGACAAGUCGAUCCUCGGUCUGGCCCACCUCCCGCUUUUUCUUUCUUUCUUACCCCUCCCUCUUAGGUCCCUAGGGGUGGUCCACAUGAACUGCCAGGAUGCCCGCGAUGGCCACCACCUUCCUGGACAAUCCGCUGCUAAAAGUCAGUCGGCCCGUUGCCGCCUGCUCGCGCUGUCGCACCGCCAAAAUUAAAUGCGACGGCAAACUGCCCGCCUGUUCGGCCUGUGAGAAGGUGGGCAAGGCCAGUUCCUGCUCUGGCGCUAGCGAUGAAUUUGCCAAGGGCAAGGAGCGAAGCUAUGUCGCCUCGCUCGAGGGCUACUGUGAGAAACUCGAAAAGAAAAUCUCCCUAUUGCGGAAUCGUCAGAACUCGUUGCCUGCCGAAGGCAAUGGCGUGGUGCGGGAGAUGUCCAUUACCUCGACCUCCUCCGAUGGGCCGGUCGGUCUAGCUCAUCGUCGUGAGGUCUCCGAUAUCGAUGAUCUUGUCGGUGACUUUGGGUUCCUGUCGGUGAACGCGACAUCACGCGACUUUCAAGGCAUCACCUCCAAAACCACCUUUGCGAACCUGCUCCUGUCGGUCGCCACGGUGGGAUACCCACCACCCCGCACUCCCAAUUCACUACCCGCGCGACACGAGGCCACCCCUCUCUUGCAGUACUACUUUGACAACGUGUUUGUUCAAUUACCUUUCUUUAUGGAAACCAGCUUCUGGACCUCGGUAGAUGCGGUCUAUCAAUCUGGGGGUCGAUUCGCCAAACCCUUUGACCACUGGACCGUCCGUAUGGUCCUCGCCAUUGCUUCAGCUUCGAUUUCAUAUCAAAAUAAUGAUAAGAGCCAUCAACGAGCCUUGGCAUUGGUAUCAGAGGCGUUGAUAUAUGCUGAAGAGGUCUUCCGCCCGGGGUCUAUCACGUGCAUACAAGCAAUUCUGCUUCUGGCCCAGUAUGCGCUGGCAGAUCCAGGACGGUUCCGAAGCUGGUACCUAGUAGGCAUGGCAGUGAGAGUCGCGAUAGAUCUGGGCCUGCAUCAAGAUCCUCCUGUAGAGAUGCUGUUAAAUCCAGACCGCCUCGAUAUUCGACGACGAGUAUUCCACUGCCUAUACUGUCUAGAUCGAGGAAUGAGUACUGCACUGCAUCAUACAUUUUCAUUCUCGGAUGCAUCCGUGAAUGUCGCCCUACCAGCGACCAAUACGUCGACCACGGCCAUCGAGCAAACAUCCGUCUUCUUGCGAAGCCCUGCCCCAGCCCUACACAUCGUCAAGAUCCGAAAGAUCUUAUCAGCAGGGUACCAGGAGAUGUAUUAUAGUUCCCGUGAUCCAUCCCCCCAACCACUCAUUCAAAUAUGGAACCUCUGCUCCCGAGCACGCGAAUGGUUCCAGGAAUGUCCCAAAAACGCCCCCAACCACUUCUCCCUCCUCUACCGCCUCGAACUCCUCUACACAAACAUCAUCCUCCUCUCCCCCUCCAACAGAUACCCCGUUCUCUGCGAUUAUAACAAAGCCCUCCUCUUCGACCGCUGCAUGGACUUUAUCAGCCAAAUCCACCAAGUGCUUGAAAACCCCAGCAUCCUCCCCUUCCUCACCUACCUGGACGUCACCCGCGUCCAACAAGUCGGCCACCUCUUCGUCCAAGUUCUCCUCGAUCACUUCGACUUCCUCCUCAGCCCCGUUGUACCCAACCCCCCUCACGUACCAGCAGGAACACCCGACCCGCCCAUCCUGGGUGAAGAAGAUAGGAUUAACUGUCGGCCCCGUGCACUCCGGUGUCUCACGUACGUGCGAGAUUUGCUGCAGUAUUCGGCGCGGAAGUGGGAUCUUCGUCAGCCGUUAGAUGAAUUCGAACGGGAGUCGGCGCCGUUGGGGAAGAUGCUGAGAGAGGGUCCGGCGAGUUAUGUAAUUAAUCAGGGGUCGUCAUACUCCCAGGCACCGCUGGCGGGCAAUGGGUACCCAGCAUACCAUUUGGGAUAAAUUUGUAAUCAUGAAUUGAAUUGGACUGGGAAGGGAUUUUUUGAUUCAAUAGUCUCAAUAUUUCGUGUUUAUCCCAGCCUUGUACUAAUCAGAACCUCUUUGGUUCCAAUCAGCGCUGAUACGGCACACAGAGAGAGAGAGAGAGGCGGACGGAACAGCUAGGUUGGAGCUUCAAUCAAGG